UAUCCCACUUUUCACACCGAAGCCUCAAAAGUCACAUUUCUUCCCAUUAUAUAAGGCCAACCCCAAAUUGGCUUAAACUACUACCAAGUAUCUUUAAUCCAACCCUAAAUUUUCCAUUACAAAAACAUGGUGCAGCAAAAGAACCUAGUUGAUGAAGUGUCCGGUUGGCUCAGAAUCUAUGAUGACGGUUCGGUCGACCGGACAUGGACCGGACCGGCCCAGUUCAAGUUUAUGUCUGAUCCGGUUCCUUCUCAUGAAAAAUUUAUAGAUGGUAUUGCAGUUCGUGAUACCAUCAUUUCUCGUGAAGGCCAUGACCUCCGUGUUCGAUUAUACUUGCCGGAGAAAGCGUUGGAAAGUAAAAAAAAGUUACCCAUCAUUCUUCAUUUUCAGGGUGGUGGGUUUUGCAUCAGUGAACCGGACUGGUUCAUGUACUACCAAAUUUACGUUCGAGUUGCCCUUUCAACUCAGGCAAUUGUAGUUUCUCCUUUCCUCCGACGUGCACCGGAGCACCGUCUCCCAACCGCCAUUGAUGACGCCUUUGACACCCUCCUCUGGCUCCAAUCUGUGGCCCGGUCCGGUUCGCGUGAACCGUGGCUCGAGCAACAUGGGGACUUCAACCGGCUUUUUCUCAUAGGGGACAGUUCUGGCGGGAACGUGGUGCAUGAGGUGGCUUCAAGGGCCGGUUCAGUGGACCUAAGCCCGGUUCGGGUUGCAGGAGCGAUCCCGGUUCACCCCGGGUUCGUCCGGUCAGAGCGGAGCCGGUCCGAGCUGAAAAUGCCACAAUCACCGUUUUUAACGUUGGACAUGCUCGACAAGUUCCUAGAGUUAGCACUGCCGGUCGGGGCGACGAAGGACCACCCAAUAACGUGCCCGAUGGGUGAGGCGGCACCGGCUCUUGAAGGGCUGAAACUGCCGGCGGUGCUGCUGUGCGUGGCGGAGAUGGACUUGGUGAGGGACACGGAGAUGGAGUACUAUGAGGCCAUGAAGAAAGCCAACAAGGACGUUGAACUUUAUGUGAGCCAUGGAAUGAGUCAUAGUUUUUAUUUGAACAAGGUUGCUGUGGAUACGGACCCCAAUGUUAGUGCAAAAACCGAUGCUUUCAUAACUAAGAUCAAGGAGUUCAUCCAGGAGCACUGAAUUAUUCCAUAAGGGUUUCAUCAACUUCAUCAUUGAGUUCGAGUCUUAAAAAGGAUAACUUUUUUACUACCUUCAUCCAGAAUAACUGUUUCUAAUGCAAGAUUACAUAUUCCUUAAGAACUUAUUUGAGUGUGGAAAUUUCAUAAUAAUCGUCGAAAGCUCUUAAAUUUUGUGGAGUAUAAGGAUGUCUUGAUAUUUGUUUC